AUGACAGCGCAAGUCACCAAGAUGGCAAAUGGUCGGAGUAAUUCUAAACCCUUAGCAACUGGAUACAGAAGGGUUAUUAGGAGGCGAACUCUUGCGAAAUGGGCUAACAUUCAUCUAGAGACAGUCUGUGUGUCGAUACAAGACGUAACAGACCUCCACGACAGCGGAAUAGCGGCGAAAUUGCUGUCGGUUCUAUCGGGAAGAAAGAUUGCUGUGCCAAUAUUUCAACCCCACAGGAAGAAACGACAGGUAGUUGGUUGGAGGAAUAUUUGCAGUUUUUUAGAAAGCUUGGAAUUCCCGGAAGAAAUCACAGGUAAGAAGAAACAGCGUAUUCUGUUGGUUAUCUUGCGUGACAGCGAGACGAAACUGAAAUAUCCAAACACCAUAGUGAUUCUAUCGGUAAACACUCUCUCGAGAUUAUUCCAUUGAUAAUAUUAUGGCCGAUCUUAUUUAAAAGACCGAACACUAUUUCCUAUAUGUAUGUAACCGGUGUCCUUCAUAACGUAUAACGUCUUAUUUAUUCUCGUGUGCGAAUCGUCCUAAAAAUCAAGGCUUUCGCCAUUUCUUCUCUAAGAAGAGUGAACGCGUGAGACAAAUAAGCUUAUGCAUCUCUCAAGAUGUUCGAGUGAAAUCAUCGAGCUUCUCAGAUGUUGUUUUCAUUGCUUCCUUGAUUGAAUUCUUUUGGAAUAUUUUUAACGCUGAAUUAAGUACUUUCUUCAACGUGUCAAGGCCUGCAAUUAAUUUUGACAGAAACCGAUAAUACAAGCUAGAAACUUCCAUAAUUUCUGUAAUUUAUACUAACAGUAUUCACUCUCCAGUGCAUCACUCCGCGAUAAUUUUAUCAAAUCUUUUCGUCGAGAAGAGAUAUGAUCUAUCCAUGUUUUGUCUUGUAUCCGUGUAUCAAAACAACCCAAAUCACGAGGGUGACAUUUGCAAAAUAUAACAAUAUAAGAAAUGCAAACAUUUGUUAUUGUUUCCAUUCAAACAAAACAACUGAUGCAACGAACGAAUUAAGAAAACGGGCUUAAAGAUUAAAAACUGCUCUGGUUUGACAGCUGUUAUUCCCAGCUGUUUCCAGGUGAGGUUUUUUCCCCUUCACAACGAUAUGUCACGUAAUUAUUCUUUGUAACGCAAAUGGUCUUCGUCACGGAUAUGACGCCUAAUGUAACGGCUUGGGAAAGGGCCCAGACAGGGCUCAGAGAGUGAAACUGUAGAUUGCAGCCGUAGAAUAUAUGCACGAAACUUACCGCGCCUCACUCCCGGAGUUCCGCGCAGUGCGCUAACACUGUUUUGUUUAUCGUUGAAUUCCAACCUCAGACAACGACAUCUGUUGCACGAGUCAGAUAAAUCUGCCCGUAGUCCAUAACACAGUCAGCUGAGCAUACCGAUAGAAAACACAGCUAUUAUUCCGAUCUUCCUUUGCUAAAUACAUUGAGUUUUCAAUUUUUUGCAUUUGAAUCUGUGACCAAAGCUUAGUGACAAAUUCAUGUUCUGACUGUCAUCAUUUGCAACUCGCCGGGAGGUUCUGGUCCUAAUCACUUCGAGCAUGAUUUGAGAAAAAACAAAAAACAAAAAAACAAAACCAAAAAAAAAAAAGAAUUUUCAAAGAUGAAAACUAGUCGGUUGAUUAUACCAAGAUUCAUUUAAUAUCCAAAUUUUCAAGUAAAAUGAAAGAAAUCCACAGCAUUUUAUUCAUCGUUUGCUUUUAGAUCUCGCAACUUUGUUAUUUACUCGUUUGAACAGGUGAAACGAGGGAAACAAUAAAAACCAUACCCGAGCUGAGCUGGUCAUGUUCUUUGAUAUUUCAUUAGUUUCCUUUACUGUACUUAUUAAAUUAUUUGACUGUGUUUUGAUUGCCUGGAAAAUUGAAAAAAAUAUCUUUAGGCUUGUGCAGGAGAUGGAGAUGCAAGUUUGCAGUUCACGAAAGUCGCAGCAAGCGUGUUAUGUUACCUGUUAUACACGUAAUGGAAAUGUAUGGAAAUUAUUUUCAGAAUAUGUAUAUUUGUUCCCUAUGCAAAUAUCAAAAACGCUUUGACAUCUGCAUGACAUGUGCUCAAAGCCAUAAACUUACACCGACACUCUCUCGGUGUUUACACUUGUUCGCUCUUUCGAACGAUUCUCAACAUGAUUUACUGCACGGGAGACUUUUAAAGCAGCAAGAAGUCGCUCCAUUGGGACCUAAAUGGCAAAUUUUGUUUUUCAUCCUCGUGGAUAAACACAGGCGAGGGACGAAGCAAAAUUGCGAGGUAUUCUUGAUUUUAUUACUUUUAUUUUCAUUCCGUAUGUAUUAUCUCUGUAACUGUGAUAUAUAAAAUAACUUCCAUCACUCGCUCUUGUGUCGAAAUUGCUUACGUCUUUGAAAUUCUCGUUGUAAAGACAGCAAAUAAAAUUCUUUUGUCGACGGCUGCUGUUCCCUCACGGUAGGUUCAACAUUUUAAAAUGCAGCGAAAUGAGUAUUGUUUUAAAAUUGUAUUUCGGCCGUGAACAUACAGGUUUUGUUUUUGACGAAGUAGAAAAUACUUAUAAAUUGGCUGUUUCAUUUUGAUAUUCCAUUUAACACGGAAUUCAAACGAAUUUAUUCCGAGAAACACACAAAAAAAAAACACAAAGGCGAAUUUACAGCCACAAGUUAUAAAUGCGAUUUUCAAAUCGCAUCUGCGUGAAGCUAUCACACUUGAUUCUGAAAAUUGAGCAUCAGGGAUUUGCUGAUAAAGCGACAUUUUAUUCAAAUGUUUUUGUUUUGGUUCGUAUGUUCUUAUAUCCAAGAGCAGAUAAAUGCGUCCUUUCAUUUUGUUCAUGUUGUUCUUCACGCUCAAGGCGCACAGUUUCUAAGAGCCAAAGUUUAACAAACAGACUUUCGGCGUGGUGAUAAUAAAUUUAUUAAUUUCUAUUUAUCAGGCGAAACACAGCUUGAGUCCUCGACUUUUAAGUUCGGUUAAAUUUGGUAAAUAUGUGAUAACUCUUAGGGGAACUAAAAAAUUUUCGCUCUUUUGUCACUAAUUUAUUAUUUAUGUCUAUCUGCGACACUUGCCUCUGGAUAGCAUGUCUUAUGCUAAUUAAACUAAGUUAGGAUAUAUAGCCGUGUUGCCAGCUUUCUAGUUUAAAAAGCGCGGGCUUUAAACUUUAAUGUUUUUCAGGAUUUUUUCACGCAAUAGAAUUGUGAAACUAAUUUUUUGGCUGAAAUAGAAACGCCAUAAAUUUUUUAUCUUUCUACCUGUGAAUGAUCGCCUUGACUGGAAAUUGGCGCUCACUCCAUGAAAAGGAAAACAGAGGGCUUUGAUUCGAAGUUUUUAGAGUAUCGUUUUCUUAACGCGAAGAUGAAAUUUAAAAAAAAAACGGAAUUUUUCAAGGUUGCAAGUAUUGGAUAUAAACUAAUUUAAACGUUCUAGGUGAAUAUACAAGGAAAUCAUACGUUUCAAUAAUUGAUGCAACACGCCGAGUUUGGGAAAACUCGUUUGUUAUAAAGAAAAUAUUUGAAAGCAGUAUACAGUUUUUUCUUGCGGCAACAUCGACACGACAGAGUUCGACUUUGCCUAAAAGAUGCUUGGAAGAUUUUUCUUGUCCUGUCGUUCAGUCGAUGAAUCGUGUACAAAGAGGAGCUGUACGCUGUUUAAAUAAAGUUUUUGGAAAGGACAUGAAUGAUGAAAUUUGACAGGUACUUGUCAUUGUUACAGAUCGGGUGAUUUGAAAAGGAAAGAACUUCGGUUUCUGUCCAGAAAAACAAAUAAUGAUAUGCAUUGUUUCAUCUCCAAAAAUAUGUACCUAUAUAUGUAUUGUAUAAUCAAUGAAUGAUUCAGAAUAAAACUGUGAUGUGGUUGGCCUCAUGUCCCAAUUGCGAUUUCCCCCCCCCUCCCCUCCCACUCAUGCUUUUUCUAAAAGUUGAGUUCGAGGAUUUUCACCCAUCAAGAUAAAGUUUUUUUUUAAAUUUUGGAUCUGAAGUACCCCUCAAGCAAACAUUUUUGCUUUUUUAGUGAAUUGAUCGAGAACUCCGAAUGGUUUUGUUUUGCUAAGCUCUGUGAUCGGCAAUUUUCUAUCCCGCGUCAACCUCUCAACUAAUCAGACGGAAACAAAAAAAAACGAUGGCGACUUGGCUGCUCGCAUUUUCCCGCGUGUCAGAAAGUCUUCUCCUUUCAGCUUUCUAUUAAUCUGAUUGGCCGUUCUGGUCACUUUGGUUAUUGGUUUUCGGCACUCGAUACAAAUACGCACCAAACUGAAAUUUCGACCCGUACUUUUGUGUAGAAAAUUGGAAAUUUCUUAAAUCUUAUCUAAAUCAGUAGGAUAUCAUCGGUAGCUAGUCGUUCAUUAUAGUAUUUUGUUUCAUUCGCUUCCUGUAGAGCCACUUCAAUUCACUCAAGGAAACAUCGAGUUGCUUCUCGACUGGGUUUGGCACCUGGUGAUAUACUUUUUGAUAACACCGCUUCAAGACAUGUUUGGUCAAACACAGAGCUCGCCUAGAGAAUUCAUUCUGUCCUGGGUUCAUGAAAAGCUUCCUACUCAUAAUGUCACAAAUUUUGAUACAGACUGGCAAAAUGGCGUGCUACUCUGCGAGCUUGUAAACGCUACUCAGUCUGGACUAAUCCCAUCAAAGCUUUAUGCAGAUAAAACAAACGGUGAAGGAAACGCUAAACUCGGCAUGCAAAUUGCGCAUGAGGCCUUCGGAAUACCGCAAGUAAUUUCUCCGUUUGAUCUAGCGUCAUCGCAAGUGGAUGAGUUAAGCUUGCUGACGUACCUAGCGCUGUUUGUGAAGUACGAGAGUCUAAAACAAGGCCCUGGGAAGAAGGCGAAUAGAGGUAACCCGGUAAAUAAGGAUGAAGAAAUUGCGCAUGCGUGUAAAGCAUACGGUUCAGGACUGAGAGCUAGUGAACUCGGGAAAGUGGCGGAAUUUGUUGUCGAGUUGAACGGUGCUAAACCCACUGAUAUAACCAUAGCAAUUGAAUGCAAGCCAGUUCGAGGAGCUGUUCAUGAAGACAAACCGGAUCUCAGCGUGAAACCGCUGAACAGAAAUACUUACUGUGUGAAGUAUUUACCAACACGACCUGGAGACUACGUCAUCAGUAUUCUGCAUUGUGGGGCUCAUAUAUUGAGGAGUCCAUUCUACUUGACAGUUCCAGAGCAAAACGGCCUCAGUUCUCUGAAGACGCCUCUUAGAAAUCAGCGGAAAGACCUUGUGGAUGGAAUUUCAAAUAAUGGACACGAAGUGUCUUCGAACAAGAACCGCUCACCAACGAGUCAGAACGGCUCGCCGAGCCUGUCUUCUGACGAUGAGGGCAAAAAUUACCCACUUACCCCUCCCUUUCUGACAAAUGGAUCUAUAUCACCUGAACUUCCUACGAAUACAGCUGAGGGACCGGGGCUUAUCGCCGGGGAGGUCGGCCGUGUAGGGAGAUUCAGGGUCGUAACUGAUAACACAACCAAAGGCCCUUUGAGCGUCUGCAUCAGCUGUCCAGCGGUUUCCAUCCCAGUGCCCUACGUCAAAAGUGUGAAGAAGGGCACAUUUACAGAGCAUAGCGUGUUGUACAUCCCCACGGAGCCUGGAGCUUACGAAGUGUUCAUAAAAUGGGGAGACAUUUCUAUCAACGGAAGCCCUUUCAAAGUCUUCAUAAACAACGUGUUGGAGGACGGCGUCGACGCGCAAAUCGGAGUGAAAGACGAUUUAGGCGGGCGUGGAAGAAUUCGCGUGUACUACGCAGCCAUGUCGACGAAUCUCAAGGUGCGAAAGGACAAUGAACUGUUGGAGAAGUUCUUAAAGGCAAAAGGGAUUUCAAACCGAUCGGAUUUUGACGAGUGGAUUGCGCUAGAUGUAGCCAUGAACAGAGCGCAAAGAGAUAAAGUUUUCUCUAAAGCUGGUACUCGAAAAACACCAAUGCUAUUUGCUAAUGAUGUCUUCAUCGGAGGUUAUGAGGAUGUUCUCAUUAUGGAUAAGCAGGGAUUGUUUGAUAAGUACUUGAAGUAA